GAUCAGGGAAAUCAUUUGGUGAUCCCAACACUCAGUCAGGUGACCAGAAGACUGAGCAAACAUUGACAGGAGUAGCUACAGGAGGCGACCAGACUCCCAAGCAAUCCCGAUCAUUCUGUAUGAAAGUUGGUGGAAAGGCAAAGUCUCUCUCUGACAGGAGAAAGGAGAAACCCGAACCAUCCCAAAGGCAGUCAAGAUACCCGAGGAGAGCAGUGAGCCGCAAGUCCUACAAAGAAGAUGAUGUUCCUGACGAUGAUCACUACAUCUAUUGUGAGGACUGUCAUGAGGUCUUUGAAGGUCAGUGCUCCAAGCAUCCCCUUACCAUCAUCAAGGACAACCCUGUCCCUAAAGGCUCUAAAGACAGAGCAAGGAAGACUCUACCAGAUGGUCUGAUGGUCAAGCAGUCAUUAAUACCAGGAGCUGGUCAUGGGACCUUUGCUACCAAGUUCAUCCCUAAAGGAUACCGGUUUGGUCCGUACGAUGGAGACAUUGUAGACUUGGAGACUGGAUAUGAUAGCGGAUAUGCUUGGGAGAUCUGUACAGAAGGCAAACCUCACCACUAUGUUGACAGCAACAGUGAGCAGACAGGCAACUGGAUGCGCUACAUCAACUGUGCACGCAAUGAGGGUGAACAGAACCUUGUAGCAUUCCAGUAUCUUGGUGAUAUCUACUACCGUACCUUCAAACCGAUCUGUCCAGGA